AUGGCGCUCAGUAUUUCUAAAAACAACGUGCAUUUGUGCAAGAUUCAGGCUGUGACAGAAUUCACCAAAACAGAAUUAUCGAUUUCAUUCUGUAAAUCCGAUGGGGGUCACUAUCUGAACCACUUCCCCACGUAUAAACUCGGCGAUGGAACUCAGUUGUUCUCCUCGAACUCCAUAUGCCGAUAUAUUUGGCGUCAAGCGGGAAAGCAAGUGACCGAAGAGGAUGAUAAGUGGUUGACGUACGAAAGUGGCGUAGUGAGACCGUUCGUUGCCGGGAUCCUUCUCGGGAAGAACGUCGAGUUCCGACCGAGUUUCGAGCCAGCUCCACCGACGAACUCGUUGGGACACCUUGUGAUUUGCUCCACCUUGAGUUAUCUCAGAACGAAGAAAGACUUCAGCUGUGAUUUCUUCCCUCCGAAUUACGCGGAUUUCGAACGGAACUUCAAGCACAUUCUCCCUCAGGCUUGUGUUGCUGAGUGCUUGGCCGUCCAGACAAAAAACAACUCAGAACUUCUGAACAACUUGGGUAACUUCAUCUUCCGGUGCUUGUCGUUUGCCUGCACGCGCUUCGAGAAUCGCGUUCCCGAGAGCGAGGGGGAACUGGAAGAUACCGAUAAGAACGUUCUGGCCCAGGUCGCACGGUACUAUCAGGAAUUCCUGGAAAAUUUUGAAAACCUGCACAUCCGAGACGCCCUCCGUGCUGUUCUCAUGAUCUCGAAAGCCGGCAACCAGUACGUCCAAGCGUCCAAACCCUGGGAAAAAGUCAAAAACAAGGAGACCAUCGGUCGCAGUAAAACCAUAGUGUACAUCGGAAUUCAGAUCUGUGCUCUGGUCGCAGGUUGCCUCGAGCCAUUCAUGCCCAAGACGGCGGCUGAGCUCCGGAGACAGCUCAAUAUUGAAAAAUUGGUGCUCGAGGACGAGUUCCGACCCCUGAUUGCUGGCAAUCAUUCCCUCAAUGAGCCGCAGCCGUUAUUCAAAAAAAUCGAGACCGAGCAGAUUGAAGAGUUUCAGAAAAAGUUCGCGGGUCAACCGGAAGCGGGGGGAUCGAGCGUCAAGGUCCUUGGAACUCCUGAGGAAAUUGAAGCCAAGGUCAAGGAACAAGGCGACAAGGUCCGAUCCCUGAAAGCGGCCAAGGCAGAUAAGGCCACCAUUGCAAGCGCGGUGGUGCUUCUGAAGGAUCUCAAAGCCCAGCUCGCUAUGGCGACGAAUAAAUGAAGAAGACGGCGAUAUUUA